AUGGCGAGGACUUCCACGUGCAUGUACCACUUCCUUGUCUUGAUCUGGUAUAUUUUCCUCAAUUAUUACAUCUCACAAAAAGCAAGAGAGAAGCGGGCAACCAUAAUCUUUGAAAACGGAGGACAGUGGAAGUACUUGACAAUGCUUAAUUUGCUUUUGCAGGCCAUUUUCAAUGGGGUCGCCUGCCUGGAAGAUGUGCUGACAAGAAUUAAAGGGAAAAAAGACAUUAAGUUCAUAACUGCCUUCAGAGACCUGCUUUUCACCGCACUGGCUUUUCCUAUAUCCACGUUUGUGUUUCUGUUAUUCUGGAUCCUCUUCUUCUACAACCGAGAACUCGUUUACCCUAAGUUAAUCGAUGAUGUCUUCCCACACUGGCUCAAUCACGCCAUGCACACGUUCAUAUUACCCCCCGUACUGGUCGAAUUCAUCCUCAGGCCUCACCGCUAUCCAGGGAAGAAGAAAGGACUCGCCCUGUUGGUUACUGCUGGCUUUGGUUACUGUUGGAGGAUCUUAUGGAUCUACUCUGAGACUGGUACGUGGGUGUAUCCUGUGUUGGAGAAACUUGGCCCUGUUGGUCGGGCAGUACAUUUCCCUCUCUGCUUCAUCUCUAGUGCCAGCAUCUACCUACUUGGAGAAAAGCUCAACCAUUGGAAAUGGGGUGACAUGACGCAGCUCAAGAAGACAAAGUGAUUGUAUGCUGUUUUCCAAGAACUAAAAAGGAAGAAAACAUGAGGGGUUGUUUUGUUUUGUUUUGUUUUUUUUGGUGUAGGGAGGUGGUGGAGAAACAUAAGUAGAAAGGACAGGAAACAACAUUUAAAUUUAAGAAGAGGGUUAUGGAGGUAGCUUCAUUGGAGGGCU